AAACUGCCUUCAAAGACCUCCGUGAUUUGCCAACGGGACAUGGAUUCAGCUUCUAGACCUUCUUCUCUGUUUGUCAUUGCUCUGACUAUCUUGGCCCUGCAAUGGCCGAAGGGAACAACGGCCUUUCCCACAAUGCCCCUCUCCAGCCUGUUUGCCAAUGCAGUUAUAAGGGCACAGCAUCUCACCUGCUAGCAGCUGAUACCUUCAAGGAGUUUGAACGUUCCUACAUCUCAGAAGCCCAGCGGUACUCCAACAAAAACUCUCCAUCUUCAUACUGUUAUUCUGAAACCAUCCCUGCACCCACAGGGAAGGAAGAUGCCCAGCAAAGAACGGACAUGGAGCUGCUAAGGUUUUCGCUGACUCUCAUUCAGUCCUGGCUAGGUCCUGUGCGGUUCCUAAGCAGGGUGUUCACUAAUAGUCUGGUCUUUGGGACUUCGGACAGAGUGUAUGAAAAACUCCAAGACUUGGAAGAAGGUAUCCAGGCUCUUAUGAGGGAGCUGGAGGACGGGAGCUCACGGGGUGUUCAGCUGCUCAGACCCACCUACGACAAAUUUGACGUCAACCUCCGGAGCGAAGACGCUCUGCUGAAAAACUACGGCCUUCUGUCCUGCUUCAAGAAGGACCUGCACAAGGUGGAGACCUACCUGAAAGUGAUGAAGUGCCGGCGUUUCGGGGAAGUUAACUGCACCAUCUGAGGGGAGAAGUACCAUUUCCUAAGGCCUGGAGUUAGUGCGCUGCUGGUGCCUCUGCUGUGUGUGUGUGAGGAAACGCUGAUUCAAGUCAAGAGCAAAAUGUUGUGCAUUCUGUAGCUCUGCUGCUAGCAAGAACCCUCUAUGCUUCUUUGUACUUGUAAAAAUAAAUCCAGU